CCCGGGUAACUGUCGACAGCCAAGCGCAAUUUCCAAAUGGACACUGUGCUGGCUGUCGGGGCCCUCACGGCUGCUUGCUCGUCUCAAGCUCCGCUCAGGGGUCGACAACAGUUUUGGCGGACUGCGCGCCGGCCUCGGGCCGAUGCCGGCGUCGCAGUGGACGCGGCUGGUGCGGAUGCAGCUGCGGCCGGCAGUAGCAGCAGCGGCGAGGACAACGUGCCACUGGCCUCGCGGACGUGGAAGUUCGCCACCGCGGCCGAAGGAGCGCGGCCGACGCCCCAGGCGCGGUCAUCGCAGCCGCAACAGGCCCAGCAUGGCGGGGCGCUGGGAGGCGAAGGCAUGGGCUUGGGCCGUCCUGGGAGUGCUGCUAUUGGCAUGAGGUGUAGCGGGUGGGCUGGCAGCGCCGGUGGCGUCAGCGGCAGUGGCAGCAGCAGCGGCAGCGGCAGUGAGGAUGAGGACCAGGGGCUCGAGGACACCGAUGCCUCUGCGGGCGAAGGCGACGAGGAGGAGUCCCCGGAGGAUACCGACGAGGAAGAAGAGGGGAUGGUGGAGGAGGCCGAGUGUCUCGAGCUGCCGGCAGCGGGGGCUCGGGGCCGGGGCGGCGGCCGACGGCGCGGGGGCAGCAGGGGCAGCAGCGCAACCCGUGGGGCUGCAUUUGCAGCCAGGACCGGGGCUGGUGCUAGGUGUGGCAGGAGCCGGGGCGGGAGCCGGGGCCGCAGCAGAGGCAGCCGGAGCAGCCCGCCUGCACCUGCUGAGGAGCAGGCGCAGCUGCUGCAUCCCACAGACGUUUCCCGCAGGGGCGCGCUGCCCCUGGGCCAGUUGCGCCUAGGCGCAGUCGACUACCUGAUCGGCAACACCACACUCAUGCGCUUCUUCCCUGGCGCUGUGGCGGCGGCGGUGGAGGAGCGGGCGGCCGCCGCCCGGGCGGGCAGGCCCGCCGCGACAGCGCCUGGCGCCUCUGUUCAGCUGCACUUUGGCGCCGCCGCUGGCACCUUCACCAUGUGGAUCGUCACGUACGGCAGGGGCAAAUCGUGGGUACGGCUGGGCGGCGGCAAGCAGCUGCGUCGGGUUCUUGGGCUGCGGGACGGCGCCGUCAUUGAGCUGGAGGCGCAGGACCUGCCGCCGCCGCGGCGCCUCAGCAAUGGCGGCGGUGGAAAUGGUGGCGGUGUGGGCAACGCCAGCAGGCAGCAGGGUGCGGCCCGCGCCAGGGUGAUCUCAUACGGUCACGGCGCGACGGCAGGUCAGCUGCUGAUGGCAGCACCGUUGAUCCCUACUGCGCGGCCGCAGCCGCAGCAGCAGCCGUCGCCGCCAGAGCUGCUGCCUCCGCGGCCUGCGUACCAGCAAGAGCAGCAGCAGGAUCAGCGGUUGCCGGGUCCAGGGGACCCGCUGCGAACACUCAAGCGGAGGCGUCUUUGGUAUGACGCACUCGAGCCGUCUGUGGGUGCCGAUGGCAGGAGUGGCUCCCGGCUGUCGGCAGGAGGCGCCGCCGCGCCCUGUGACGCCACGCACCCGCCAGCCAGCAGCUCUCAGCCGCAACCAGACACCGCCUCAGCAACCAAGCACAUUCUUGGCUCCGCCUUGGGAUCCGGGGAUGGCGUCGCGCUGUCUGAUGACGCCGCCGCCGCUGCUGCCAUCAAUGCCUCCAGUGCGCCCGCGCAUGGUGCAGGUGCACACGGCCAGCACAGCCGCCACGACGGCGACCGGACCAGCGGCGGCGGCAGUGCCCGCGGAGAAGGCGCUGGCCACAGCCGCCGGCUGCACAGCCUGCUGGUGCACUUGCCGCCGCCGGCCAGUGCCGCCACCGCAGAUUCGGCCGCGCCGCGGCAGCCCGGCGAGCUGCGGCUGUGCGGCCUCACCUUCCACCCGCAGCUGGUGCCGUUUGUGUAUUCGGAGAUGCGCAGAUGGGAGGAUGCGCUUACCUGCCCGCUCUCCAGCGCGGACCCCGCUAAGCAGCAGCUGGAGCCGGUCGCGAGCAGUGCCGCAGCGGCCGGCUGGGAGGCGGCGUUCACUCGCCACGGCCUCAGGCGCAACAUCCUACACAGCCGCCUAGCGACCCUGCUGGGGCUAUCGGGGGAGGGCGGCGGCCCAGAUGCGCCGCUGCCUGAGGGCGGCUGCAACGGCGCCGCUUCUGGUGGUGGCGCGUCGCCACAGCCCCUCCUGCACACCAGCCUCCGCGUGGCCCCAGCCGCUGACGGCGGCCGGGCUAGCAGCGGCAGCAGCAGCCGGCUUGAGGUUGUGUCGAGAGUGAAGAAGAGCGGGUGCCUGGGUCUGGUGGGUGGGUACGUGGCGCCCCGGGCGCUGGCGGAUGAGGUGGUGGCGGCUGCAGAGGAGGCGACGUCCCUGCGCUCCUCUUUCGCAGCUGCGGCAGCGGCGUCUGCGCUGCUGCGCGAGUGCCGCCCGGAGACGUGUCGGCUUGUGGAGUCAAUAGCGGCCGAGGAGCAGUCUGCCGGUGGCGGCGUGGCAGGAGGAGGCGCAGGCGCGGCUGCGUCGGCGGCUGCCCUGUCUCGGCUGCUGCAGUCGCUUCUGCUGCCACUGCCGGAGAGCUGGUGGCAGCAACCUGCGGCGGCCGGUGCGUCAGGCUCUUCAGCCGGGGCCGAGGAGGCUGUGCUGCUUGUUGACAGCCCAUGGGCGGCGCUUCUGCUGGCGGGGCCGGAGGACACACCAGCAACUGCAGCAGGCGGCGUCCCCGAUGCGGCAGCGGGACAGGGUCCGGAGCCCAACUGCAUGGUGCUGCCGGUUCGUGUGCGGGGCCUGGUGGUGCUGGCGCUGGUGGCUGUGCGGGACGUGGAGGCGGGUGCGCCCCUAGUGCUGGACAGGCAGGCGGCCUGGUGGGGGCAGCAGACGCAACGGGCAGGGCAGGCGGGACUGGGGCAAGCACAGCAGCAACCACCACAGCAGCAGCCGCAGCCACAGGAGCAGCGGGGCGGAGGGAGAACGGAUGUGGAGCGAGGGCCCCUGCACAGAGCGGAGAAUGGGACGGCAGCAGGCGGUCUGAGGCCUCCGGUGCAUGAGCUGGCGCUGCCUCUGCCGCCACUGCCGCCACAAAAUCUGGUGCAGACAGCUCCGCCGCAGCUGCGGCAACCAGGCGCUGCCAGGGCCGCACCGCUGGUGCCGCUGUGGCGCACCUAUGACAGCGGCUUCAUGUCGCAAUGCACCGAGCAAGGCGCGGGCGAGGACCAGUCGUGUGGCGACAUCCACGGCGACGAGCCACACCCGCAACAGCCGCAGCCGCUGCUUGGGCGGUGGCUGCAAGACCUGCUGCGCCACGAGACCGGCGCCACCGUUGGGUCGGGGCCGGCUGCGGCCACUGCCACAGCCACAGAGAAAUUGCGGGCGAGGCCAUGGCUGCGUGCGCAGACGCCGGAGCCGCCUGCCCCCUCUGUGGUCAGCGCCGGCGGCACGCGGCAGCCCCGACCUACUGCCGUACUCGCACGGCCCCCUGCUGCACCGUCACAAGCUCGCCACCUGCCACCGCCGCAACGCUCCGGUGGCGAGGGCUACAAGCAUCACCACCAGGACGACCAUGACGACAAGCACCCACAACAGCAACGGCAGCAGCAACGGCAGCAGCAACAGCAGCAGCAGGGCAGCAGUCGAGGUCACCGGCCCACAUCGCCGCCCCGGCGGUACACGCCCACCGGCGGCGCCUGCGGGCGGUACGGGCCCUGUGAUGACGACCCGAGCCAACGUGGGGCCCGCUACCGCCACUUGGACGGCGGGCUCGCCACUCCAUUAGCCGAUGGCCUCUCUCAUGAGCGGCAUGGCGACUGCUGGAGGCGGGGGCGUAGCCGCAGCCCCGGAGGCAGUGGUCGCGACUGGGGCGAUGACUGGCGGUGGAGGCGGCAUGAGGCCGGUGCAGUUGGCGGCACCGCUGGCGCCGCAGCGGAAGGAAUCAACAGCACCGGCAGGCAUAGCCACUGGGCCGAUGCCGCGGCCCCUUGUGGCCAAGCUGGCGGCUCCGGUGCCAGCGCCGGCACACACCAGCACUCGGGGGGCCGCCACCGGUGCUGUGGCCGCCGCAGCAACGGCCCUAGCCGUAGCCCUGGCCGCAGCCCUGGCCGUGGCCGGUGCAGCGGCCGCGGCCGGCGCAGUCGGAGCCAUGAGCGCAGGUGUCACAGCCGCAGCCGCAGCCGCAGCCGGGGACGUGACGGCAGUGCUCAGCAGCGCGACCGCCAUGUCAGGGACUACGGGGACGGGCGGCACGUUCCAGGACUUCAGCAGCCGCACCGCGGCAGCGCAGCAGCCGACUGGACGGGUUGGGACGCUCGCUCGGGGUACGGUCCCAGCGGCCACAAGCCCGGCGGCCAUGAGCCCCGCAGCCAUGAGCCCCGCAGCUACGAGCCCAGCGGCCACAAGCCCAGCGGCCAUGAGCCCCGCAGCCAUGAGCCCAGCAGCCAUGAGCCCAGCGGCCACAAGCCCAGCAGCCAUGAGCCCAGCGGCCAUGAGCCCCGCAGCUACGAGCCCAGCGGCCACAAGCCCAGCAGCCAUGAGCCCAGCGGCCACAAGCCCAGCGGCCACAAGCCCAGCGGCCAUGAGCCCCGCAGCCAUGAGCCCCGCAGCUACGAGCCCAGCGGCCACAAGCCCAGCAGCCAUGAGCCCAGCGGCCAUGAGCCCCGCAGCACGGCGUGGCAGCCCCGCACUGAUGGCACAUCGCGGACAGGGCGUGCCAGCGGUGGCAGUGGCGGCGGCUGGCAAGCCGCUGGCGCUGCAGCCGGGCGCCCCAGCUCAUCCAGGGAUGAGACCCGAACACGAGAGCGCCCGGAGCCGCAGACGCCAUUGCGGCCGCAAGCGGCAGCGCCUCAGGCGGAUGGCGCCACAGGCAGCAGAGGCGCUGCCAUGCCGCAGUUGCCGGGAGAGGGCGCAGAGGCGCAUGGGCUGCCGGUGGCGGCACAGCACUGGCCUCACGACCCGGCGGCUGCAGGCAACGCAGCGAGAGGCAGGGUCCAUAUGGGCACCGAUGCAGCUGACCUGACAGCCAGGCGAUGCUGCGCGGCGACGGCCAUGUUGGCGAGCACAGAUGACACUCCGCAGCAAGAGGUGCCGCGCCAGCAGUGCACACUGCGUGUGUGCGCGGUGUCUCCCGAUGGUGCGGCUACUACGCCCGGAGUGGCUGUGCCUCAGGCUUGCAACGGUCAUGGUGAAGAUGAGGCCGCCGUCGGCAGCACGCCUGCCGGCCCUCCAGACGCAGCGGCCGCCGGGUGGACCCGAGUAUUGCCACGUACGCCGGUGGCUGCGGCAGCAGCUACCGGGGGCCCCGAGCUCACAACCAAGCCGCCGCCGCUGCGGCUGGUGCUCAGGCCUGGGCAGGUUGCCAAGACACCUGUCUCGAGGAUGAAGCAGCAGCAGCAGCAGCCGACCGUGGCAAUCGUCGGCGGUCCCCCUAGUGCGGUGGUGGCCGUCCCGCCGCCGAUUGCCUCUCCUGUGGAAGGGCCGGUAGAUGAGGUGGCAAGUGCCCCUACCGCCAGCGCCAAUGUCGCUGCUGCCACCAUCACACAUGCUGAGCUGCCUCGGCCGCUGGUGCAGCAGCUGCGUAAGCACGCUGUGCGCGUGGGUCUGUUUGAGCCCCACCGCGGCUCCUUGCGUGGUCUGCUGGACGGCCUGGGCCGCGAGCUGGGUCUGGGCAGUGCGGUGAAGGCGCCCAUGCUCACGCGCCUGGACCACCUGGGGCUGGCGGCGCUGGUGGCGGCGCAGCAGCUGGCGGAGCGGCGGGCGCUGAGGCACGUGCACAACGCCGUGCUGCGCGUGAGCUGCUGCCCGCUGCCGGGGCUCAAGCUCAGGCUGUGGCACACCAGCUACCUGGCCAGUGGCGCCGCGGCCCCCACCUGGCUGGACGUCCGUGUCACGGCCCACUUCGGUGAGCUGCUGGACAACGUGGCGGCGGCGGACCAGGCCUCCCGGCGCGCGCUGUCGUCGUGGCUGUACGGCUUCACGACGUACGCGCCCGCCGUACAAUUGGAGCCCGAGCCGUCCUGCGCCGCCGCCGACGCCGCGGUGUGCGCGGCCCUGGGUCAUGGGGCGCGAGUGGCAGUGCCGCUCACGGACGGGGCGGGGCCCCUGUUCGCGCGAGACAACUGGCACACCAGGCCGGUGCCGUUGCCUGGCAAUGUCGCCACCCAAACUACAGGGGCAGCAGCAGUCGCGGUCGCCGCUGCUGCUGUUGCUGAGGCUGCUGCUGCUGCCGGUGCGGCUGAGCGUUCUUGCGCCAGCAACAGCAUUGUGACAGGGCACCAGCACAACUACCUGGGCAGUCAGCAACAACCUCUGCAGUAUGCGGCUGUGCAUAGCUGGCCGCAUACCGGGUGGCCGCACGGGCUGCCGCCGCCGCCGUACGCGACUGGGUGCGGGUCACAGCAGCACGCUCCUACUGCGCACCAGCAGCCAGGAAUGUAUGGCCACGGUCACCACCUGCAUCACCACAGUGCCUACUGCCCGCCAGCUGGCUACUACCAGGUCGGUGCCAGCGCAUCACACUUAUACCCGGUGGUACAGACGUCGCCGACGCAGCCGGAGCGGAUGGUAACAGGGCAGGAGCAGGAGCAGCGUGCCGGUCCAGGGGCGGAGGGGCUGCAGCAGGCGCAGCAGGAGUGUGGGGCUGCAAUUUUGGGGCAGGAGGCGGCGGCACUGCCGCACAAGGAGCAGAAGCAGGAGCUGCCGUAGCAGUUGCAGCGCAGAUGCAACCCGCAUUGAGGGCCAGGUGCUUGGCCACAGCACCUGCUGAAGCGCUGAACCCGGCGCUUUGGGGGCUGUGGAAAGCGGUUCCUUUUGAUUAGGCAAAUGAGGCAGGGACGGUGCCGGGAACGCUGCCUGGCCCGGAAUACGGUACUCGCGUGCAGAGCCAUGACUCGCUCGUUGUAACACGGCAUUGAU